UUAACCAUAGAUGUGCUAGAGACAAAAUGUCACGUGAUCAGCAGGAAGCCAUGGAAGAAAUGUGAAGUGAAGGAUGUAGCUGACAUACCAGUAAGAAUAGUGAGCCCUUACCUCAUCGUCGACACGUGUCCAGACUGUCCAACAGUAGAGCGCCUGGAUGACCCCAUCAUAGUAGAGACGGCCAAUCUGUCCCUCCAGACAUACAACAGAAAGAGUCGCCUCACCAACUACUACACCCUCCUCAACCUAACAGGAGCUAGCAUGCAGUGGGUUGAGUGUCCGUCCUACUUUGUGGAGUUCACCACUCAAGAGACGGUCUCUGCUAAGGACAAUCCUGACGUUGAUCUGACCCAAUCACAAGGGCUCUGCACAGGCUCUCACACCACUCUGGAUGAUGGCAUGUUUGAGAACAAACUUCCCAUCAAGUUCAAGUGUGAAAUCUUUGAACCAGAGGUAGGGAACUUCCACAACAGUGCCAUCACUGCCAUACCAUGA